AUGAGGAAUACACGCGCACAGUCCCAAAACGCCGAGAGUUCAAAUACUAAUCACGAAGCAGAAGCAGGACGAACUCAUCCAACAAAUGGAGGAGACUUCAUGGGUCAAUUCUUGAGCGCUUUACAGGGUUUUGUCCAACAGCAGGCCCAAACUCAGGCUACCCAAACCGACCUAAACCGAACCUCUAACACGAUAGAUCAAGCUGUAGAGCGAUUUCGAAACUAUAAUCCACCACGAUUCAAUGGACGUGAUGGACCGCUAGCAGCCGAAGAGUGGUUGGAAGAGCUUGAACGUAUCUUCACUCACAUCAACUGUAGUGAUGAGCAGAAAGUUUCAUGCGCUGUUUUUCAACUCAAAGAGGACGCUCGACAAUGGUGGAAACAUUUCUAUCGUCUGUUGGGGGAGGAAGAUCGCAAUGUUCUAAAUUGGAAAAUUUUCAAGGAGGUGGUAAUGAAUAAAUACUUUCCUCUCUCAUUCAGAGAAAAGAAGGAGACCGAGUUCUUUGAGUUGAAACAAGGGAAUAUGACUAUAGAGGAGUAUGAAAGGAAAUUCAAUGAGUUGGCCCGUUUUGCUCCACACCUAGUUGAUACAGAAGAUAAGAUGAUCGCUAGGUUCAGAAAAGGGUUAAGAAUUGACAUCAAAGGAAUUAUGGCUGCACAUGUGAUUGACGAUUUCAGCGACCUGGUUAAGCGAGCAGAAGAAGUGGGCACGGCUCUUGGAACAAACCAUCCUACAUCAAAAUUGACAAAUCAACCAAUGAAGAGGAAAUGGGAAAAUCCUAACCAAAGUGGAGGAAACUUCCAAGAUAAGAGGUCGAGAUUUGGCGGUAACACCAGUGCAAACACACAAGUAACCAAACCACAAUGUCAGAAGUGUGGAAAGUUCCACAAUGGAGAGUGUCUGUGGGGAAAAGGAGUUUGCUUCUUUUGCCAUGAACCGGGACAUACAGUGAGUACUUGUUCUAAGAACAAGCGGAAUGUGCCAGAAGGGAGAAUGAACGUUGGGCUAAACAAAGGAAGUGGCAAAGAGCCAGAAAGAAAAUGA